AUGUGUGAUGGCAGAGGCAGUAUCAACUGCCUCUGCCUCCGAUCUCUGUCGAGGGUCUUCUCGGACCAAGUCUGGCACAGCAGCAAUGACUGCCCCAAGCAGCAGAAGUCCUCCGUGAUCCCGGCGAUCCCGGCGUCCUCGAGGACGCCGGGCAUCCUCUCUCCGAACCCUCUCUUUUCGCGGUCGGCCGUGGGGAAUUCGGGUGACCGGAGGGUCACAGACUCCACCCGAGGCGUUAGGGUCUACCACGCUGCGGCACCUGCGGCGAGCCUGGGCAUAAUAGAACGUUUUAGCAGUCUCCGACAGGCUCUGGCUUUACAUUGCCUGAUCAGGCCAUGCCAAGCUGAGCUAGAAUAUAUUAGUAUUAGAGCAUACGCCUAA